CAGUCGCGGUCGAGUCAGUAUACGUAAUUCAUGGCGAUGAUCUAGUUCAAGUCGAUAGAGAAAGUGUACUUGGGGAACUGCGGGUUUUAUCGAUGGUCAUUGACAGAUGGGGGUAAGGCAAUAUUUGAAAUGAUGCCAGAACCUUAGAGCUGAACCCGCUGAGAAAUGGAUACAGAACAGCUGAUAAGUUUCUCGGAUGAUGAGAUCGAAGGUGGAAAUGAAGGGGGUUCAGAGUUGCCGAAACCCCUCCGAGGUCCCUCCCUGGAUGAGGCAGCUGGAUGGGGGUUGGACCUGCGCGUCUCACACGAGGACAACGUGGACAUCGGAGUGGACUUCCGAGAACAGACGUCUCUACCACCCAAUGCUCGCCUGGACACACUCAAGGAACACGUGUGGAGAUCGAGUACAGAUACAGCAUCUGAACUGGAAGCCACGGAGAGAAAACUUGUAAAUGCUGAUGAGGAAGGUCACCAUUUUGACCCCAGCGUUCAUCAUACUGAUGUUGUCAUUGUUGAUGAAGUCACUGGCAUCCAAACACGACAUGGAGUGUCUGAGAACCAGCGUCCAGGGAGUAUCAACACAAAGCAAGACAACCCAUGUCCGCCAUCUGUCCAGGAUGAAAGUAGUUCCUGGCGACCCCCAGUCCCACCAGAUCCAGUGUUGACUGGCAUCGCUCCACUUUGUCGGAAGGGAAGAAGUAUCACGUUUUCUUCUCCUAUGAAUUAGCUGAUCGAGACUGGGUCGACAUGGUCAGGCAGAAAUUGGAGGCCCCGGAAUUCGGAUUCAGGUGCAGCGUCCACGAACGAGACUUCCAUGGUGGCAAGGGCGUCAUUGAGAACAUCACUGAGCACAUCCGUAUUUCUGAGAAGACUGUGAUGGUGCUGACGCCUGACUUCACUCAGAGCCGCUGGUGUAUGUUUGAGGUUGAGCUGGGGAUGAUCCUGAGCCUGGAAGAGCGUCAACUCCUGGUAAUCCCAGUGCUGGUGAAGGACUGCCCCAUCCCAGACAGCAUCAAGACUCUCACGUACAUAGACGCUUCAUCUGGUAACGAGUGGUGGCAGCGCUUCAUAGAUGCCAUAUUGUCAAGAGAGGAGGUGGUCAGUUUCUCUGGGACCAGGGAGGUAGCUAUCCAGCCUCGCUACAGAAACAUGGAUGUCCUGGCAACACUUUCCUCCGGCUGGCGGUGUCCGAUGGGAGAGGAGUUGAGAGUAUCAUAUAUCCCUGAAGCUCUUCUUGGACCCGGUGUUCAGAUGACUGCUCAAGACUUCGACCAGGUCACUGCCAAGAUGAAGACUGCAGCCAAGCUGAGUCUGUAUUGCUGCAACACAACACCAUGCUGUGCCUUCACCUUUGUUAUGCUCCUCCAAAUGCUGAUUGCAGCUGUUAUUUUGAUGUUCUUCCAACCUGAUGAUAACGUUACAAUGCUUGCUAGUUCCAUUGCUUGCUAGUUCCAUUAUACUACCUCUGGUCACGGUCACGAUUUUCUUUGGGCAAAGAAUUUGGAGGACUCAUCGCCUAAAACAAGCCGUGGUCGCUGUCAACAAUGGCCUUAUUGAGAACAACGUCCUUGUUGGAUUCAAGGCAGCGUGGAGCACCGGUGCAACCUUCAGACUACGGCUAACCUUCUGGUUCUUCGAUAUGUUGGAAUGUAGGAAACAUCUGGAAGGAAUAUUGGCCAUGAUAUCCAACCCAGGAACUUCACUUCAGCCGGAUUCAUCAUCAGUGUCUGAUCAGGCGAUGGAUCUUUUGUGCCGCUCCAGCGAAGCCUACACCACUGCCUAUCAACGUGGUCAUUUGAAGGUCAAAGAUGAUGUCAGACACGUCCGCCAUGCUCUGUGUCUGUGUCAGUUUGUAGAGAAAGAACAUGUCGGGAAACUUACGGCCAUCCCACCGGAAGUCGUGUGAGUUGAGGCUCAGCGUAAACAGACGUACUGACAAUGGCCUAUGGGUUGACGGUGAGCAGGUAGAAGGUGUUGUGACAUUCAGGAUGCCGGCGUGAACCGGGGCAUCUGGACAUGACAAGGUCGCCAUGUGUGUUAUUCACUUCUACAAUAUGUAUGUCAUCGUUAGUUGCUGUUGGAUGUCACAGAACAUUUGUUUGGUUCCUGAGUCACGGGCGGACCUAUUGUUGACCGAGAAAGGAAAUGUGUAUGAAGGCAUUUGGGUGGAGGAUGCCAGCUCAAAGCAACAGACCAGAUUAUCAAGAUGACAGAGACAUGUACCUCACUCACACUGAUUGGUGUUUGUCCUCUUUCCUCAAACAGGCCACUGACAAGACCGUCAACAGUGUUAAUUAUAAUUACAACUAUGACGUCACUCUGUUGCAGUGGCAGUGUUUUAUAUAUAUGUUUAUUUUCUGUAUUUUAUAUAUCUGUAUACAUAUAAUGUUUUGAAAAGAAAUGAUGUUUUUACUUUUUACUGCAUUAAAUUGAAUAAACCUGUACAGCUGCUGUACUCUACAGCACUGCUUUCAGCAGAAUAAUGACUUA